GUGUGGAAAAUGUAGGCGCUACAUGAAGCUAAUAGAAUCCCGUCCCCAACGCUUACACUGUCCCCAGUGCAAUCAAACUUAUUCCCUUCCUCAAAACGGUAGCAUUCGUCAGCACAAGCAAGACAAAUGCCCACUCGAUGAAUUUGAAUUGCUUGUUUGGACCCAGGGAAGCAAGAGCAAAGCAUUGAAAUCGAAUGGAUUUCAAUGUAAUACCGAACUUCUUGAGAAUCUGGUAUUUUGUCCAUAUUGUUUUUCGAAUCCUCCGUUUGAGUCGAUGCAUUGUGGUUCCGGCUGUUUUUCCUGUGCUCAUCCGUCCUGUGAACACUCUCCUGCAGCACGUGGCGUUACAGCUUGCCUAGAAUGCAAAGUUGGAAUAAUGCUACUAGAUGAUACGAUACCUCCGAAAUUCCGAUUUGUGUGCAAUAGACAAUCAAAACAUAGACUGGUAUGA